AUGGACAAGUACACCUGCCAAUGGACUGCCAUCGAAGGUCUCGGAGGUGUGGGCAAGACUCAGAUGACUUUGGAGGCCACUUUCCGUGUUGGCGAUCAGCAUCCAAACUGUUCCGUCUCCUGGGUUCCCGCCGUAGAUCUUACCAGUUUUGAGAAUGCAUACCGUGAGAUUGGCCAGAGGCUCCAGGUGCUGGGAAUCGAGGAGGACGGGGCGGAUAUUAAAUUGCUUGUCAAGAAUGCAAUGAGCCAAGAGACUUGUGGUAGUUGGCUCCUGAUUAUUGAUAACGCUGACAAUGUAGAGCUCCUCUUUAGCACUGCGAUAUUAUGCGACUAUCUUCCAUUCAGUCUACAGGGCUCGAUUUUAUUCACUGCAUACAUGGCCAAGACAGGUAUGUCGACUGAGGAUCAAGGUCGUUGGCAUAAGCAACGCAAUAGCCACUACGCGGCUAGUAUCAUUCAACCAUAUUUUACGGGAUAA